AUGUUAUGUGAUACAAAUGGUUAUAUUCUUGAUUUUAUAAUUUACACUGGUGCUGAUACUAAUUAUAAGGAAACGUUUUCUGAUUUAUUCUUAUCAAGUCGAGUCGUCUUCACAUUAGUUGAAGAUUACCUAGAUUUAGGAUAUUGUAUUAUUAUGGACAGCUAUUAUUCCUCACCAAAACUCUUUCUUCAAAUGAUCAAACGAAAGACAGAUGCGGUUGGAACAAUCCGUUCCAAUCGUAUAGGUCUUCCAAUUGCUUUCAAACGUAUCGAGCUUCAUAAGAAUGAGCAAAUUUUUCGGUAUUAUAAAAAACUAAUGCCAGUGAAAUGGUUAGAUGAGAAAUAUGUUACAAUGUUGUCUACUUACCACAAUGAUGAUGUCACGAUUAUUCAUAAAAGAAAUAAACAAAUUGAAGUACCUGUACGCGUUCACGACUACAAUGUCACUAUGGAUGGGAUUGAUCUGGCCGACCAACAAUUAGCACCUCACUGUGUUCAUUGA